AUGACCAAACGAAUUGCUCUUUCUCAAAUUGCCCAGCUUUUUGAUCCCCUAGGAUUGGUUGGACCAGUCAUUGUAACCGCCAAGAUAUUCAUGCAGACACUGUGGGGCCUUACAUCUGACGAAGACAAACCUUGGGGCUGGGAUCAACCGCUGCCAGAUUCUCUCUCCAAUUAUUGGAUCAAAUAUUACUCUCAGUUGCCCCUGCUUGAGCAACUGAGAAUCCCUCGAUGUGUUGUGUUGGCUGAGCCAAGUGCCAUUGAAUUGCACCUUUUUUCGGACGCAUCGGAACAAGCUUAUGGCGCCUGUGCGUAUCUGCGAUCGACCGACGCGUCUGGUAAUGUUUUGGUAUCCUUAUUGACGGCAAAAUCGAAGGUUUCACCCUUGAAAAAGCGCAGCAUUCCUCGGCUCGAACUCUGUGGAGCACUAGAAGCUGCUCAACUUUACCAAAAGAUCUGCUCCGCCUUUGAAUCGAAAUUCACAACAUUUUUCUGGGUCGCCUCAACUACAGUUCUAGCCUGGCUGAAGGCCAGCCCAUCAGUGUGGACUACAUUCGUUGCUAACCGAGUGUCCAAAAUCCAGCUGGCAACGGUGGGCACUUCUUGGAACCAUGUGGCAGGGCAACAGAACCCUGCAGACCACAUCUCAAGAGGCAUCGACGCUGAAACUAUUCUCGCGUGUGACCUUUGGUGGAAAGGUCCACAGUGGCUGCAAACCGAACAAUCCUACUGGCCUGUCAAACAGCACAAUCAAUCUUUCGAAACGCAGUUGGAAUCUCGAUCAACCCCGAUUCAACUUUUGACAUCAACAGCUGAUCCUUCAUUCAUUGAUUUGUUCGUCGAACAAUUCUCAUCGUUCCAACACAUGCUACGGGUAACGGCAUUCUGUUUCCGGUAUAUUUCAAACUGUCGGACUAAAAGGACGAAGCAGCAGAAGUUGUUUGGCACUCUUUCAACGUUGGAAAUUCAAAAUGCAGAGUCAGCGCUCAUUCGUCUUGUUCAACAUCAGGAAUUCCCCAACGAAGCAAGUGCUCUUCGUGACUCAAAGCCCAUUCCCGUUAAAUCCCGACUCCGGUGGUUUACUCCUUUCCUAGAUCAAGACGGAGUCAUGCGUGUGGGUGGCAGACUUGAUCGAGCAUCCUUGACAUACGACAGUAGGCACCAAAUCCUCCUCCCGUAUCACCAUCGUUUUUCUGCUUUACUUGUCCAAUGCUAUCAUCAACGAAAUCUUCAUGCGUCACCACAGUUACUCAUCGGACUACUUCGCCUUCGCUAUUGGAUAAUAGGGGCCAGAAAUCUGGUCAAAGUAGUCGUACAUCGCUGCACCAUUUGCUUCCGAGCUCGGCCAAAAUUGGAUGAGCAAUUUAUGGCUGAGCUGCCCAAGGAACGAAUCACAGCCACUCGUCCCUUCACGGUGACGGGGGUUGACUAUUGGGGCCCAAUUAUGCUUAAACAUCCGCAUCGUCGAGCAGCACCCACAAAGGCUUUUGUUGCAGUUUUUAUUUGCUUCUGCACCAAGGCUGUACACAUCGAAUUAGUAUUCGAUUUGACAACAGCCAAGUUUAUACAAGCAUUGCGACGCUUUGUAUCUCGCCGAGGCCCACCGUCGGACAUUUACUCGGAUAACGGACGCAACUUUCUCGGGGCUAAAAACGAGCUCAAACGACUCAUCCGUCAGACUGAACAUGCGCAGAAGGUUGAACAGGAGUGCACAGAUUGCCACAUUAGAUGGCACUUCAAUCCGCCCAGUGCAUCCCACUUUGGCGGGCUAUGGGAAUCGGCCAUCAAUUCCGCCCAGAAACACUUUGUCCGCGUCGUACGUGACCAUUCAUUGCUCUUCGAUGACAUGCAGACCCUCUUGAAUCAAAUUGAAUGCUGCCUUAACUCCCGGCCUCUUGUUCCCGUAAGCGAUGAUCCGACCGACUUCGAGCCACUCACGCCCGGACAUUUCCUCGUUGGGACUUCAUUAAAGGCUGUUCCCGACGAAGAUCUGAGGGAAAUACCAUUUAAUCAUCUGAGGAAGUGGCAGCAAGAACAAAAAUUGUUCCAGGAUCUGUGGCGAAGAUGGCACCUGGAAUAUUUAACGAAAUUACAACCACGAAGCAAAUGGGUGCACUCACCUGUAACUAUUAAAGAAAACCAGCUGGUUCUCUUAAAGGAGGAAAACAUCCCACCAAUGCGUUGGCCGACAGCAAGAGUGAUCCAGACACAUCCUGGCGAAGACGAAAUCAUCCGAGUGGUGACUUUGAGAACGCCGAAGGGCUUCUGUACAAGACCGGUGUCAAAAAUCUGCCUGCUACCGAUUGCAUCAUCGUCGGAGGAAUCAAGUAAAACAACCGGCGAUGAACAACCAAGAUCAGCCAAGAUUUCCUCUUGA